AUGGACGACUCAGAUCAAGACUUCGUGGACCUCUGCUCCAAGUUGCUCAAACGAGUCCGCAGGAAAGCAGGCGAAACCGAGAAGAGAAGUGUUGCAGAGCCCUCGUCCCAGGACACUGCGAAAUACAUACCCACCAAAAGGGUGACGACUAGGAGGAAGAAGAAAGAUGUUGGCCCAAGUUCCAUGGGAGCUUUGGGUAACAACUCUGAACACGUUUCCUCCAUCUCUACCGCUUGUGAUGAACCAAUCCCACUUCCCUCCAAUACAGACGAAUCUAAACAAGCAGUGGUCAAUGGAGGAAUUGGACUUGGUGGAGGACAGAAUGGGUCAUCAGUGGCUGUGGAUGUUGAUGGGUCUCGACCUGAGGAUAAGGGAAUGGGGGUGAAGGAGAAAGUGCUACACAGGAUGCAGCAGUUCAAGAGAGUCAAUCCACAGAAGCUGGUGCAUGGUGAGAGGAAUCAGCCUGCAGCAACAGGGAGUGAAAGUGACGGUGCUGCUCCCUAUCCACUGCAAGGUAAUCAAGGUGAGAUCCAUCACUGUGUCUAGAUUAUAUGGUGUGUCUUUUCAUUCAUUUGUGUGUGUACUCAAUGGCAUGCUAAUUACCCUUCUCUCCACCUCUGCCCUCCCCUGUUCAGCUCCAUCCACCUCCGCCUCCACUCCCCUACCGCUGGACCCCCAGAUGGAUGAUUCGGAUGAGGCCCUGGCCCUGCGUCUACAGGAGGAGCUGGACAGGGAGGCCCAGGCUGUGGCCCACGGUAGGGCAGUGGACCUAGAGCAGGGUGGCCUGUUCUUCUGUCAGCUCUGCCAGAAGGACCUAUCUGCCAUGAGCCCCACAGGACGCACCCAGCACAUCAACAGGUAGGGACUACUGGAGCUGGACACACACACUUGCUCUCUCACCCAUUUAACUCCAGAAUCUGUCUGUUAAUAGAACAGUCAAUGACUCCAAAGACCCAUCUAACUCCAGAUUCUGUCUGUUAAUAGAAUAGUAAAUGACUCCAAAGACCCAUCUAACUCCAGAUUCUGUCUGUUAAUAGAAUAGUCAAUGACUCCAAAGACCCAUCUUUCUCCAGAAUCUGUCUGUUACAGUUUUUCUCGAUUGCUAAGACACAUUUCUUGAAAGCUGCUCUCAUUUUCUCUUAACUGUGAACACAAAACCCAAUUUUCAAGCUACAUUCACAAAACCUCAGACUCUUCUUGCAAAACCAAACUUUCACCUCAAAACAGUUCAAUCUGUGCUCAAAACUGAACUAUGUUGUCAAAUCGUGCCCCGAGUCAAUCAAAAAAAAAAACACUACUGAACAGUCACUAAACACUACGUAGAAAAAUAGAAAACACAAUGCUCAGGACAUGAAGCUGGAUAAAUAAAUGUUUAUUGUUCACUGUAGGCUAAAUGCAUGUUGCAAAACAAAAAAAAACUGUGCAUUUAGCACUUGUACAAAAAGACAAAACAGAAAUCUUGUGCAUUUACAUGUAGCACUUGUAAAAACAAACAGAAAUCUUAUGCGUUUGCCACUUGUGUACAGUAAGCCCAUGUAAUAAAGUACACAAAUAUACAAAUAAGUGCAUUACUCAGCCACAGCAUCAUGUCUCCGUACUGGGUCAGGCCACAGGACUUCAUCCACAUCACAGGCCACAUUUUGUCUGGCCAGGCAACGGGGGAAAAAACCCCUGGCAUGCCGUAUCCAGGCUUGGCAUGCCUCCACACCUAUGUCACCACAGGCAAGUCCCAUGGCUUGCAGGAGAUUUACCCUGGUGUAAGGUUGGCGUUCAUAUACCUUCCACCGCCAUGAGGAGAAGAAUUCCUCAAUGGGGUUUAGGAAAGGGGAGUACGGUGGAAGGCAAAGAUUGAUAAAACCUUGGUUCAUAUUGUACUACUCUCUAACCUGGAGGGCUCUGUGAAAACUCACAUUGUCCCAAACAACAACAUAGAUGGGAUGCUCAUCCUGCUGCCCUAACAAAGCAUCUCGCAUGUGAUUGAGGAAAAUGAGGAGCUGGUGAGUGUUGUAGGGCCCCAGGUUGGCAUGAUGGUGGACAACCCCAUGAUUGCUGAUGGCAGCACAUAAUGUGACAUUGCCACCACGCUGCCCAGGAACACCAACAAUGGCCCGAUGGCCAAUCACAUUACGGCCUCUCCUUCUCCUUUUGGUGAGAUUAAACCCAGCUUCAUCCAUGUAGAUGUAUUGAUGGGGUCUUUCCAUUGCAUCCAGUUGAAAAACCCUCUGUGGAAAUAGAUAUAGUUUUGUAAGUGAUACGGAAAAAGUGAUUUAGGCCACUACAGUAAAUCACUACUUAGAGUAAUCAACAUUGAAUGUGUCUGGAUAUAUGCCAACCUGUACAUACUGGAAUCUUUGCUCUUUGACUCUGUCUGAGUUGCGAUCAAAGGGCACUCUGUAUAGCUGUUUCAUGCGCAGUCUGUUGCGCUUGAGGACACGAUCAACAGUAGAGAGGCUGACACUGUUGAUACCCUCAAAAUGUAAAUGGUCCUCAAUGAUCUUCUGCUGAAUUUCGCUCAGUUUAAUGGCAUUGUUCUCACGGACCAUAUCAACAAUUAGGGUCUCUUGGUGUGGGGAGAACAUACCUGUCCUCCCACCCCCAUGUGGCAGUCUUUCAAUUCUACAAAAAGAGAACAUGGAGUUACAAAAAAUAUACAUGGAAUACUAGGCCUACAAACAGUUAGACCAACCCUCCAUUACAAUACUACAGUACAUUGGUACAGUGAUGUACUGAAACAUAUAUUUACUUACAGUAUACUGUGGUACAGUAUAUAGUAUGUCAUACAGUAAUUGCUGUCAACAUUUACAUACUGUACUAUAAUGUCAAAAAAAGGUAAUUACCUGUUCUCUUCUCUAAAUCUUCAGAUUAUGGUGGACACAGUGAAUCUACUGAUGUUUGGUUGUACCCUUUGUCCAGCCUCCCUCAUGCUCAUACCAUGGACAAGAACAUGGUCAAUCACAGUAGCUCUGAUUUCAUCAGAUAUUACUGUUCUUUGUCUUCGCUGACCACCUCGACCACCUCGACCUCCUCUCAUACGAACUCUUCCUCUCAGAUUUCUAUCCAUUGUAGGGCCUCACAAACCAGUGCUCUCUGAACUGGCUUACUGUAUAUGUUCCCUCACAUCAUUAGCCACAAGUGUGAUCAAUUUUGAGUUGUUGUGUUCAAGUGGUGACACCUGUGCUCUAAUUGUGUUUGACAUUUGUCACCUGUGCUCACCAUUAUGCAGCACGGGUGCAUCACAAUGAAAAUGUGUUGGCAAGUUAUGUCUAAACAGGUGAAAAGUGCUUAUGGUUUUGCCAAAAGAGUGAUUGAUUCAAUCAGUGGGUUCAGGCAACUGAGCAUUUGGUUCAGACAAUAGGGUUUAGUGUUUUAGCAAUUGAGAAAAACUGUAAUAGAACAGUCAUUAACUCCAAAGACCCAUCUAACUCCAGAUUAUGUCUGUUAAUAGAACAGUCAAUGACUCCAAAGAAGAUACUGCCUCGUUUCCUUUCCUGAUCUUGAAGAACUGGAUAGGUGAAAUCAUGUCCUCUUGUGGCUUCUGAUGUGUAUGUAGCCUUCAACAGUCCAGUGUUUUCAGAUCAGUGCAGAUGAAGGAAAGGAGACAAGGAAAAUAAACCAAUUGACAUUAUUGGGACCCCAAUGUCCCCUAUCCAGGUGUCUAGACGAGAGUGAGGACAGUGCCCCCCGUGCUGCCCCCGCCCCUCCUCCCGCUCCCCGCGUCCCAGAGUGCCCCAUCUGUGGUAAACGGUUCAAGUCCCAGAAGAGUCGCGCGGCCCACCUGAAGCGCUGCUCCUCCACGAUGGGCGUGGCUCCUGCCGUGCUGCUGCAGGCUGUACAGAGACAGGCUGCCGAGGCUGCAGGGAGCCUGACUGACAGCACCGCCAACCAACCGUAAGUCAACCUGGCCUGAUUGGUCCCGCCCCCUUUGAACCAUCAACCAACCCAAACAACCUGACUGCUGUUACUGUACAUUAAAUCGAUAACUUUGAUGUUAGAAGCAUUAAGUCAUGUUCAGGAGGGUGCAACAUACUGAACAUUGCAGAUACAAGUGUACUUGAUAGAGCUAACAUUGUGCCCUACUGAACCACCCCUGUAUGCUGCUUUUGGGGCCUUUGUGACCCACCUAGAGAAAUAAAUGUAGGAGAAACACUGCAUUGUUAAAAUGUUGGAGGACAAUAAACUAUUCUAUUCUACCCUUGAGUAACCCUCUCCUCUCCCCCAGUCCGCAGGCCGGAGGCUCCAAGCGUAAAGGCUCCACAGACCCCAGCCUCCCGGGCAGGAAGAAGCCCAGAAAGAAGCCCCGUGGCCUCGACGAAGACACCAUGGUGGCCAUGGCCCUGUCCCACUCCCUCCUGGAGAAGGAGAAAGAGAUGGAGCGGGAUAUGCAGAGAGAGAUACAGAGGGAGACAGAGAGAGAAGGGGGUCAGCAGCUCCCAGCCCUCCUCCCUCUUUCACCAUUGAAGUGGAGAGCUGAACCAAGUAAGACAAGUAAGUCACUAUCUUGACUGAACCUACAUCUUGUUUAGGCAAUGCAUUAUGCUAUGAUUAUAAGGAUGUAUUUGCUGUGAUGAAAAAUUAUUUCCCUUUAUUAUAUAAAACAGGAGCAAACUAUACUAAAUGCAUUGAUAUGAAACUAUACAUGUAUAAACAAUUUUAUGUUUCUAUUAUAUGAUUAAUAUCAUAGCCGUGUCCUCCUUUUCUCUUGACCCCUUCCCCAGGUAAGGGGCGUAGCAAGAGGAAAAAGGGGGCACCCCCUCGCCCCCCUCCCCUCCUCCUGGUCCAGGACUCGGAGACAGCCCUGAGUCGACUACAGGAGCGUGUGGCUGCCCUCCUCCUCCAUACCCGCGCCCCCUCGCCGCCAACCCCCACACGCUGCCCCAGCACCCUGCCCUCCUGCAGCGCUGCCCCCCUCUGGCAGAAGAGUGCGUUGCGGGACGGAGGGCCAAAGGUCAUCUCUGAGUUCUACACCCCAGAGCUCAGAGAGUUUAUACAGCCUUGGGUGUCUGUAAAGGUGAGAGCCUGUGUGUGUGUGUGUUACUCAUACUUUCACAUCUGUGCUUCUAAUACUCUGAUUUGCAUUAAUAGUAUGCGUGUAUCUCGAUUCAUAGUCUCCUUUUCAUUCACACUUACAUUUAUUUCACACAAUUUGUCUUCUCCUAGAUGGAUAUGGUGUCUCCCACCAAGGCCAUGCCAGUAUCCUCCACCAACCCUUCCAUAAUAGAAGGCAUCUCUAUGACCAAGCAACCUAUCCCCUCCUCCAAACGACCAGUCCCCUCCACCCAGGCAGCCCCCUCUUCGCUCCCUUCCACCCCAGGGACAGGGCACCUUCCAGUGGGCAGCCAGACUCUGUGUGACCUGAUAGAGCUGGCUGAUGAGGGAAUGACCCUCACACAGUGGGGCUACUCUUCCCCAGGACCUGCCAGAGGUGAGAGCUACUCCUGGGAGAACUGUUAUAUACAGGAAACACACAGGGGUAAGAAUGUGCACAAAACACAAAGACACUGACAUGUAAAGGAGUGGAAAUCCAACCGAGGAUGACAGAAGUUAGUAUAGGAGUAAUACAUCCAUAGUAUAAUCUUCAAUCUGACUCCAUUAUCGUGUGAAUGCUAUAGGCCCAUGAGCGUAUCCCAUGGAUCUAGUCAAGGUAGCAAGCCUUGCAUCACCACUCAGAAUACUAUGUUACAUGUGUCCGAGAUAACCCUUAUGCAAUUAUUAAGAGGCUGAGAGACAGAGCUAAUAUCUUGCGAUCAAUGUCCUAGCAUAAAAUGAUUGAUUUAACCUUAGCUCAGAGCUGUACAGUUAGAGGCCAAGCAUAUAUUCUAUGUUUAGUAUGAAUGACAUUUACCAUUAGACCAUACAUCAAAUAAUAAUUCAAGGAAUAUUACUCAGAAAUAUGCAGCCUACAGUUCUUAUCUAUAGCUAAAGUAAUCCAAUGUAUUACAGUUGCGCAAUAAGAAUACAAUUAUCAAAUGAUACAUACCAGAGGUCUUCAAUGUCAAAAGAUACAAAAUAUCUAAAAGUCUAAAUGUAUAAAUGACACACUAUGGUGUAAUGGAACGCUACACCAGGAGAUUGGUUUAUAAUGAAUACAUGAACUAAGUUUCCACCCAUCUUUUAUUCUCCCCUGAGCGCCAAAUCUCAGUAUCUCCCAUCGUCUAAUUAACAUCACUUUGUUUGGCCGAAACAAAAAACUCAAAUCAUAAAAAUACCACAUGAACUCCAGAACCUCCCUUAUCUGAAUGACAGGAGCUCACAUCUGGUCGCUCCCUCUUUGAACUGACCGCCGUCCAGCAGACAGAAUAACACAGUAACUCUUUAACUAUCAAUCCAUAGCACUUACAGUACAAUAAAACACAUAAAAAUGCACAGCUCUUUAUGAACUCUUAAAUCAAUCCAAACAAGACAUUUUAAUUCACACAGUAACAUUCAUUUAGAUGAUUCAAGUUUUCAUCUGUCUUCACAACCCCCGACGGUGUCCGUGCUCCCAUGGUUCUACGCGAACGUCACGCCACGGAGAAAGCCAGGGAUAAGGUGUGUUUGACUUUUGUGAUAGCCGUCAUAGGGUCAGCCUUCCAGACGAUGCCAUAAAUCCUGAUAGAGUCCUUACUCUGGGCCUCAGCACCUGCAAGUCGCUAGAUGCAUCUUCGUCACUGGCCUUCAUCGUUGUUCCUCCCUAUUUUUCCACUACAGACACAGGAUGUAUACACACGCUCACAGACAUGGAGAUAGAACACCCACAGCAUCCAAGCUAGCAUCCCUGAAAGUAGCUAGCAUCCCUGAGAGUAGCUAGCAUCCCUGAGAGUAGCUAGCAUCCCUGAGAGUAGCUAGCAUCCCUGAGAGUAGCUAGCAUCCCUGAGAGUAGCUAGCAUCCCUGAAAGUAGCUAGCAUACCUAAAAGUAGCUAGCAUCCCUGAAAGUCAAACAUACUGUACCUCUAACGUUGUUUAUCUUCCCUCUGUGCUCAGAUAAAGAGAGCACUGCUACAGACUUCCACCUAAGUGGCUUUGUUCCUGAGAGCACAGACGAACCCCCUGACCUGUGUCUCAGUGGCUUCAUCCCAGAGAGCAUUAGAAACACUGAAAGCCAUCAAAGGAGAUCUGUUCCUCAAAGCAGAGACACCAACAGGAGCAACCAGAAAUCAGUAAGGCACCUUUUAGAAGUCUUCCACUUUAUUGUAUACCUUUUCAUAACUAGACCUUGAUUAGCUGAGUCCAGUGUGUUAGAGUAGGGUUGGAGCAAAACCCUACACAUCCAGUAGCUCUCCAGAAAGAGGGUUGGCCACCCCUGGGCUAAUAUAAUCACCUUCUCAUACCUGUGUUGGACACUUGUUGCCUGCUCAUUAAUAAUAAAUAAUAAUAAUGCCAUUUAGCAGACGCUUUUAUCCAGUCAUGCGUGCAUACAUUUUUUUGUGUAUGGGUGGUCCCGGGGAUCGAACCCACUACCUUGGCGUUACAAGCGCCGUGCUCUACCAGCUGAGCUACAGAGGACCACAUUGCUCUGUGAUGGUAGCUGUUGUGUAUGUCUCUGACCCAUAGGUGGCGCUGUCCAGGCUGGCCUCAGACCUGACCAGUAUGGUGAACAACCCCCAGUUCAGUGAUGUCCAGCUACAGGUGGACAGUGGGGAGGUGUACUUCACCCAUUCAUUCAUGCUGUACGCUCGAUGCCCCCUGCUGGCGCAGAUGGUAAGUGCAUGUGUGGAUUUCACCUAGUAAUAUUUGCUUGUAUGGUUCUCAUUUGAAACCAUUUUUUAUUUACAGUUGAAUUAUGAUUUGUUUUCUAUCUCUCGUUCUCUCAAUCCCUCCCUCUAUCAUCUGUCCUUCUCUCCCUCUGUCUCUCUCUCCCCACCCUCUCCCUCUGUCUCUCUCCCCCCCCACCCUUCCCUCUGUCUCUCUCCCUCCCCAUCCCUCUCCUCUCUCCCUCUCUCUCCUCCCUCUCUCCCUCCCACUCCCUACUCUCUCCCCCCACCCUAUCCCUCUGUCUCUCUCCUCCUCUCCCCCCCACCCCCUAUCCUCUGUCUCCUCCCCACCCUCCCUCUCUCUCUCCCCCCCUAUCCCUCUGUCUCUCUCCACCCUCCAUCCCUCUCUCUCUCUCCCUCCCCCACCCUCCUAUCCCUCUCUCUCUCCUCCCCCCACCCUCCCCCUCUGUCUCUCUCCCCCCACCCCUAUCCCUCUGUCUCUCUCCCCACCCUCCUAUCCCUCUGUCUCUCUCCCCCCACCCUCCUAUCCCUCUGUCUCUCUCCCCACCCUCUAUCCCUCUGUCUCUCUCCCACCCCCUAUCCCUCUCUUCUCUCUCUCCCUUGUCUCUCACCCCCCCUUCCCUCUCUCCCUCUCCCCCCCUCCUAUCCCUCUUCUCUCCUCCCCACCCUAUCCCUCUGUCCUCUCCCCCCUCCAUCCCUCUUCCUCUCUCGUCCCCCCCCUCUCCUCCCCCCACCCCAUCCCUCUGUUCCUCUCCCCCACCCUAUCCCUCUGUCCUUCUCCCCCCCCCCAUCCCUCUUUCCCUCCCCCCCCCCACCCUUCUCUUCCAUCCCCCCUCUCUUUCUCCUCCCUCCCCCCCCCCCCCCAUCCCUCUUCUCUCCCCCCCCCCCCCCCCUCCUCUCUUUCUCUGCCCCCCCCCGCCCCCCCCUCUUUCUCUCUCCCCCCCCCCCCCCCAUCCCUCUGUCCUCCCUCCCCCCCCCCCCCCCCCUCCCUCUUUCUCCCGUCCCUCCCCCCCACCCUCCACCCCUCCUCCUCUUUCUCCCCCUUCCCCCCCACCCCAGUCCCUCUGUCUCUCUCCCCCCCCCCCCAUCCCUCUUUCCUCUCUCCCCCCCCCCCACCUCUCCAUCCCCUCCCCCCCCGACCCCCAUCCCUCUGUCUCUUGCUCCCCCCCCACCCCCUCCCUCUUAUCCUCUCCGUCUCUCCCCCCCCCCCUCUCCUCUCCCCCCCCCCCCCCACUCCCUCUUCUCUCUCCCCCCCCCCCCUCCCUCUUCUCCUCCCCCCCCCCCAUCCCUCUGUUCUCCUCCCUCCCCCUUCGCCCCCCCCCAUCCCUCUUUCUCUCCUCCCCCCCCCACCCCCUCCCUCUUGUCUCUCUCUCUCCCUCUCUCCCCCCCCCCCAUCCCUCUUUCUCUCUCCCGCCCACCCUCCCCCCUCCCUCUUCUCCCUCCCCCUCGCCCCCUUCUCUCUCCCACCCCCCGCCCACCCUCGCCUCUUUCCCUCCCCCCCCCCACCUUCUCUCUCUCCCCCCCCCCCACCCAUCCCUCUUUUCUCCUCCCCCCCCCUCUGUCUCUUUCUCUCCUCCCCCCCCCCCUCUGUCUCUCUUCUCCCUCUCCCCCCCCCCCUCUGUCCUCUCUCCCUCCCCCCCGCCCCCCCUCCUUUCCUCCCUCCCCCCCCCCCUCUUCGUCUUUCCCCUCCCCCCAUCCCCUCCUCUGUCUCCCUCUACUCCCCCCCCCCCCGCAUCUCUUCUCUCUCCCCCCACCCACCCCUCUUUCUCUCUCCCCCCCCCCCCCCACCCAUCCCUCUUCUCUCUCCCCCCCCCCCACUCCCUUCUUUCCCCCCCCCCCCUGCUCCCCCCCCCCUUCCCAUCCUUUUCCCCCCCCCCCUCCCCCCCCCCUCUUUCUCCCCCCACCCAUCCCCCCCCCCCCCUUUUCUUUUUCCCAGUCCCCCCCCACCCUCUUCUCUUUCCCAGGUCCAUGACAGUGGAUUCGGGGUGCAGGAGGAGGCCAUGCCCUCAGCCCAGAGGGUGUUGUUGGGUGAGGUACCAGGCCAGGCUGUGUAUACCCUGCUCCAGUACAUCUACACAGCCCACUGCCCCCUCACACACACCCUGCUGCCACACGUACAGGAGCUGGCAUCCAGGUAAAGUCUGACUCAAAACACCUCCGUCUGGAUGGGUAGACUGGUGUUUAAGUGAUAUGACUUAAUCUUAGUAACAGAGAGUAUUACAUAAUAAAUAAAGAGUGAGUUAGAAUUAACAUAUUGUUCUUUAUCUUCCCUCCCCUGUUGCUUUCUGUUUCUCUUUCUGUCUGUCUCGCUCUCUUUCUGUCUCCCUCUCUUUCUGUAACACUCCUUCGUUCUCUCUGUUUUGUCCUCAUCAGGUUCGACCUGGAGGAGCUGCAGCAGCUGUGCCAUCUCUACCCAGCUCAGACAGACAUCCACAGAGGUGUAGAGGGACAGGGGGAUCCGUGGGGAGACUACCCAGCCCAGGAGCAUCAAUCUGGGGGAGAGGAGGAGCACCGAGACCAGGUCUUCAUGGAGCUCCUCCGCUCUAUGUGGAACGAAGAGGUUGUUGAGGAAGAUGAGGGCAGAGCAGAGGAAGGAGAGAUAGCGAUGGAGGAGGAGGAGGGGCGAGGGGAUGGCGUGACGAUAGAAGACGGAGAGACGAACGAAGAAAGGGUGAACGAAGAAGAGAUGGAGGAGAUAUAUGAGUUUGCCGCCACUCAGAGAAAGAGGGAUGAAGGGAAAGAGAGUGAAAAGGAAGAAUCAGAAGAAGAGGAGGAUGAGGAGGGAGGAGUGACAUUUUUCACAGAGACAGAGGAAGAGCAGGAGGCUCCAAUCCAAGCUCACUCAUUGGCUGAACACUCAGAUAGGACUGAAUUAACACGCAUGACAUCCCUUCAAACAAAACUGCCCAGUUUGGAGGCAGCCAUAGCUAUGGGUGACAUUGACACAGACAGGGGGAGUCCAAAUAGGAUAAAAACUGAUCUCAACAAAUCAGAAGGUAGAGAUCCAGAAUGUUCUAGAACAGCCACCAUGGAAUCAGACAGAACAAAACAAUUUGAAUCAAACGUCACAAGCUCAAGAAGUGUCGGAGAGGUAUCUACAAAUAAAAGCCUCCACCCCAGCCCCCAUGACGAUCAGGAGCUAAUCACCAGUCUGGACCGUAGCUACAGCCGCCUCUUCUCUGACUCCUGGGGGGUCUAUGAGACGCAGGAGGAGCCCCACACCUCCCCACCAACACCCCCAUCCUGCCACUCCCAACCCCCCAGGGCUAGCCACAAACUCUCCCGCUCCCAGCCCCCCAGGACCAUGGUAGAGGAGGAUGCGAGACAGCCAGAGCCCACCUCCCCACCCCCACUGUCCUCCCGCUCCCAGCCCACAAGGGUGAGGGUCGAUGGGGGUACGAGACCGACAGCGAUCCCUACCUUCCAGUACUCAGCCAGUGAAAUCAUUGACCUCUCCAUCAGUCCUCCUCUGGUCCCUGCUGUAUCCGCCCUACCUGUUCCUGGUUUGUCUCCAGGGGAAAUGACUGAUAUCGGGGCAGGAGGUAGGAUGGAGGGGGUGGUUGGAGGAGGGAAAGUUCCUGUGUGUAAGGAGUUAUUCCAAGAGAAGAUACCAUCUAAUCCAGAGGAUGUAGAGAGAGAGAGUCAUGGUCUUUACAGUAUUUCUGUACCCCUCUCCCCUCCUCACAGUACCAAAGAAGAACCUGAGCUUAUAGUUCUGUCUGACUCUAGUGAAGAGAUGGAGGUAGGGGAUCUAGCACCUACCAGCCCCUCUCCACCACCCCCUCCUCGUCUCUCCCAGAACCACCAAGGCUACACCCGAAUCAGAACUCAAUCCAACACAGAACCCAAUAAACCCACCUCAAGAACCCAAUCAGACACAGAACCUAAGAAACCCAGCUCGAAGGAGAAAGAGACUAGUAGUUGUUCUGUGAGGGUUCCUUCUGUCUCACCUUCAGAUCAAGGCCUAGAUCCAGAUCCUCCUGGUUAUAAACCAGGUUCUACUCUUGGUUCUGCUGGUUCUACUAGUCCCAUGGACUGUUCUGCAGAGAUGUCUUGGCUUAUCCCGGCCACUCCGCCCAUGCCAUCCAAGAGGACCAACACCAGCUCUACCCAGACCUAUAGUAGCAUGCGUCGCACUCAGCUCUUUCCUAAGGCUAACUCCUCUUCCUCCUCUUCUGCAGCAUCAGUUUUCUCCUCUCCCACCCUCCCUUUCAGGCCUAGUCCUUCAGACCUCCACCACCUCCAACCCGCCCAGGGUUUCUACAUAUUCUGCCCAGACAGAGUCCUCUAUUUCUAGGCAGAAAUCAGACAACAGUGGGCCACGGCACUCCAGCUUGGGUCUCGACCAUGACGACCGCUCUUCCCAGAAAUACAACAGUGGUUCAGUCGGGUCUGACCGUGCUGCCCGCUCCCCUGUAUUCACGGUCCCCUCCCAGUCCCAAUCAAAACGCUCCCGCCUCCCCCGCCUGACCCCCUCUCUCUCCUUCAUCCCUCCACCAGACGCCUCCACCAAGGGUACCCCUCUCCACGACGUCCCCCAGCCUUACAGCUCCACUCCCCUUCAUUCAGAUCUACCCAAGCCCUCCGCUCCGUCUCUGGCCUCCAUGGCCUCCCCUCUUCUGAGAGACGGUGCAGGGGAGGGGGACAGCGGAACCAGGCAGAAAGGGAGGGGGCUGGGGGUCUCUGGGAGCCCAUGGAAGAGAGGGGGACUGGGGUCUCUGCACCUGUCCCUCUCGGACCCUUCCGACCCUUCCUCGUCCCCACAUAAGGAGUCCCUUACCCAACCGAGAGAGAAGAACGGCUCCCCCGGACAACGCCGACCAUCCACCGAGUCUAAAUACUUCCACAGCCCAGGAGAUAGAGAGACGGAGGGAGAGAAAGAGAGGCCGGUGAGAGAGGAAUCGGAUGACAGGAUGGAAAUAGAGGAACUGGAAAGGAGUGUAGUGAAGGAGGAAGAGAUAGAAAAAAGAGAAGGAGAAGAUAUGGAGAGGUCCACUAACAGCUUUCAACAGAGCUUCCUCGGGAUGGACGAGCCACCCAUGGCCUUCGAUGACUCCUGGGGCCUAAACGCAGGAGGAGGGGACACGGACGGAGAACGAUCCCAGGACGUGUGCUUCAGUCUGAGGAUGGAGAGCAGCGGCGGUGGGGCUAGUCCUCCAAGACAGGGCCGGAGAGAUGGAGAGGUUGCAGGACCAUCCUCUACUUUUACCCCCUCUCCUCCUAAAACCCACACCAGCCACUCUUUCUCCACCCCCUCUCCACCUCCACCCAACACCACUACGCCCCAGGCCAACGCAGAGAUCAACGCUAGCCUCCUGGACGCUAAGAUCUGGGACGACUGGGGGGAGGAGGAGGCUCUUCCUCUCUCUCAGAGGGUGAAUGCUGUAGCUCUGGCUCAGAGAGUGGCCCAGCUCAAGACUCCAGGUAAUUCACUAUCAGCAGUUAUAACCCCUUGUAUAGAGGUUUUAAUGUUUAAUCUAGCUAGCUCGUGUUCAAAGCUGGCUUCAUUACUUCGUACUGUUGAAAUAUUGAACAAUCUUCCAUUCGUGAUAUUCUGAUCCAUAAAUGCAAUAAGAAUGUGAAACACAUUCUCUGUUUUGUUACAUCUGUUCUUGUUUGGCUACCCUUUGACCCCUCUCUCCGCAGUGGCGUCCCGUAGGAAAGGCCAGCAGGGCCCCCUGGUCCCCAUCACCCCCAUGCCCAGCUACUCUGACAUGGACACACCUGAUCUCAAGAACAAGCUCAAUAGGUCUGACUCCCCCAACACAUCACUUCAUAACAGUCUCUAUCUUUUCUAUCAGUUAUUUAAUUCAUGCAGUUAUUUCACUCCCCGUCACUACUGCCAUCUGCAGAACAGACCUAGCCUGGUCUAGUUUCCAGUCCUUUUUCCUCCAUUGAUAGUUUUUUGAUGAUUGUUUGGAUAUUUGUGAGAUUAUUUUAGGAGCACAAUGCAUGGCAGUUCUCAGUGUAGUAUGUCUAUAUUCUCCAUCUCCCUCUUCAUAUAGUAAAAGCCUGUUGCCAACCUGCUCUGUAUCCUCCCUCCCUCUAGAUUCGGUGUGCGUCCCUUACCCAAGCGCCAGAUGAUCCUGAAGCUCAAGGAGAUCCACCAGUACACCCACCAGGUCAUCAGUUCAGAGUCCGAGGACGAGGCACCUUCCCUGGGUCGCCCCAGAGCCGUCGGGCCCCUACCCACCACCACCUCCAUGGAGCCCACCAGAAAGCCAGUGUCCUGUGCCCAGACUGGGGGGUUUAAAGAGCCUAAUGAAAGAGCAGCACCUACCGUCUCCCUGGUGAAACUGCCUGGUGGGGAGGAAGACAUGGAGCCUCUCUCUGCCUCUCAGGGAUCCAAUAAGUCCUCCACAGCACCCAGUGAAGACUCUGAGAGGUUAGCACUGCAAGUGGGUUUUUUUUAACAGAUGUUGUUAAUGUAUGUAUUUGUCUAGAAUAUAUUUCUUGACUGCUAAAUUCAUAAUAAUAAUAAGCCAUUUAGCAGACGCUUUUAUCCAAAGCGACUUAGUCAUGCGUGCAUACAUAUUUUUUUUUUGUGUAUGGGUGGUCCCGGGGAUCGAACCCACUACCUUGGCGUUACAAGCGCCGUGCUCUACCAGCUGAGCUACUGAGGACCACAAGUCAAAUGUACUAACAUUGACACUCCUCCGUUCACCCCCCAAUCUAUUCUCCAGGUCUAAUCCAGAGCAGUGCCUCUCUGAUGACUCAGAUAAUGACGACAUUACUUCCUCGCAGUCUGCCUCCAAGCUCCAGGACAGCCUCGUCGCUGUCCGUCGUUUCAUCCAGUCAGACCCUCACCUCUACGGGCAGAUCCUCCACUACCAGCCCCUGGUCCUGUCAGACCUCCAGGCCAGACUCAAGGCCGCAGGUAUCCGGCUGGGGGCAGCCAAGCUACUAGACUACCUGGAUUCCCAGUGCAUUACGUUUACCACAGCCAGGCCUGGACUGAGGGGAGGGAGGAAAGAGGAGAGGGAAGGGGGUGACCAGGGCUGGAGGAAGGGGAGGGAGAGGGGUAGCUAAAACAGCAGAUUGAAGUUACCUGUGUGAGGAUACAGUGGAGGCAAAGGUGGAUUUGAAGUGAACAUUUUAUCAGUGGCAAUUAAGGCUGUCAAAUGUUACUACCACUGAGUUAAAGUUGAAUUGUUUCCUGUUUUAUAUUGGUUGUAUAUUGUUUGGAUUUAAUUUAAAAUGUUGGACUUCUACAACUAAGAGAAAAAAUAAAAAAAGUCACAUUUAUGUUCCCUUCCUAGUGUCAAGUCCCUGGGAUGAACUCAAUCAUCUUUACAGCAUGCUAUACUAGUCUGGACUAAGCCAUUUUCACUGGGUUAUUGAACUGUUGUCCACAAGCCAAAAUAGUAGUUAACAUUCAAAACCCCUGGAUUACCCAGGAAUAACUUCAGCACAAAGCAAAAUUGUAAAAAAUAUUUUACUGUUUUUCUUUUGUUUUUCUCCAAAGACCAGCCAAGAAAGACUUUUCAAUCUGAGCACAAGUUAUGUUGGGGGGCAGUGAGGUACUUAUUAAAAAGAAAACACAAGCAGAAGAAAAAUCACAGAUCCUCUUCAUUAAUUGGUUCUUCUGGUUGAUUAGCCAAUCAGGAACAGCCACUUUCCUUGGAGGUGGAGCGUUCAGUCUAAAAGUUAAUAGCUUCAGGACCAUUCGGGGAAAGCAGUGCGUGUCACACACUCCCCUAGCACGGUGCAGAUAUCAGUAUGCCUUUGUACCCAAAAUACUAGGUACAAAAUACAGGAAGCCCACUAAACUGCAGCUUCAGAACCAGAAUGUCCUCUCUCCACCCCUCCUGCGCCGCUUCUUCUGAUCACAGCUUGGCCCAUGUGGCUUCCUCGCCAGUCAGCACCUCCUGUCCCUUCUCCUCCCUGGUUACUCCUUCUCUUCCUGUCCCGUCACGACAGGUUAGCGAUGUUGGCCAGGAAACGCUGGGCCCACCACUCCUCCAGGUCUAUGGGCACAAAGUCUGUAAGGAGACAGGGAAUAGGUGCUAA